CUGCAGCUGCUGGUGAAGAACCUGCAGUUUGAGGACGGGAAGAUGAUCCCUGCGGCGCAGUACUUCCGCUCCGGCAGCAGUGCAGCAGUUGAGCUCACUGAGGAGGAGAAAAGCUUCGCCGAGCAGAUGAGGGCCGUGUGGAAGAGUAUCCUGACCAACGUGAGUCAGGUUGAAGACUCCACGGAUUUCUUCAAAUCUGGAGCUGCUUCGAUGGACGUAGUCAGGCUGGUGGAGGAAGUCAAGCUCCGCGCCAGCAGCUGCCAGCUGCAGAACGAGGACGUCUACAUGAACACCACCUUCCAGGAUUUCAUCCAGAUGUGUGUCAGGAAGCUGCGUGGCGAGGAUGAGGAGGAGGAGCUGGUGGUGGACUAUGUGGAAAAGAAUAUCAACAACAUGACUGUAAAGAUCCCCCAUCAGCUGUUCAUCAACGGAGAGUUUGUUGAUGCUGAGGGAGGGAAGACCUACAAGAGCAUCAACCCCACCGACGGCACGGCCAUCUGUGAGGUGUCUCUGGCCCAAACCAGUGAUGUGGACAAGGCAGUGGCUGCUGCUAAGGAGGCGUUUGAAGACGGCGAAUGGGGCAAGAUGAACCCAAGGGACAGAGGCAGGCUGAUCUACAGACUGGCCGACCUCAUGGAGGAGCACCAGGAGGAGCUAGCUACCAUUGAAGCUAUCGACUCUGGAGCCGUUUACACCUUGGCCCUUAAGACUCACGUCGGCAUGUCCAUCCAGACGUUCCGAUAUUUCGCCGGCUGGUGCGACAAGAUCCAGGGCAGCACCAUCCCCAUCAACCAGGCCAGACCCAAUCGGAACCUGACCUUCACCAAAAAGGAACCAAUGGGGGUGUGCGCCAUCGUGAUUCCCUGGAACUACCCACUGAUGAUGCUGGCCUGGAAGACGGCCGCCUGCCUGGCGGCGGGGAACACUGUGGUCCUCAAACCGGCUCAGGUCACUCCGCUCACGGCGCUGAAGUUUGCUGAACUGGCAGCCAGAGCGGGGCUGCCUAAAGGGGUGGUUAACAUCCUGCCUGGAUCAGGUGCCCUGGUGGGCCAGCGUCUGUCCGACCAUCCAGAUGUCCGGAAACUGGGCUUUACAGGUUCUACUGAGAUCGGUAAACACAUCAUGAAGAGCUGUGCAGUCAGCAACGUGAAGAAGGUCUCCUUGGAGCUGGGAGGGAAAUCUCCUCUCAUCAUCUUCGAUGAUUGUGACAUGGACAAGGCCGUGCGCAUGGGCAUGAGCUCCGUGUUCUUCAACAAAGGGGAGAACUGCAUCGCCGCUGGCCGCCUGUUUGUGGAGGAAACCAUUCACGACCGCUUUGUGAACAAAGUGGUGGAGGAGGUUAAGAAGAUGAAGAUCGGUGAUCCGCUGGACCGCUCCACAGACCAUGGCCCUCAGAAUCACAAAGCCCAUCUGGACAAACUGUUGGAGUACUGCCAGAUGGGUGUGAAGGAGGGGGCCACCCUCAUCUAUGGUGGCAAACAGGUGCAGCGAGCAGGUUUCUUCUUUGAGCCCACGGUGUUUACUGAUGUCCAGGACCACAUGUUCAUCGCUAAAGAAGAGUCUUUUGGUCCAGUCAUGAUCAUUUCCAAGUUCAGGAGCGGUGAGGUGGACGAUGUCCUCAGGAGGGCCAAUGCUACAGAAUACGGCCUGGCUUCAGGCGUUUUCACGCGGGACAUCAGCAAAGCUCUGUACGUUAGCGAGCGGCUCAACGCCGGCACCGUUUUCGUCAACACUUACAACAAAACGGAUGUGGCCGCACCUUUUGGAGGAUUCAAACAGUCCGGAUUUGGCAAAGACCUGGGUCAGGAGGCCCUCAACGAAUACCUGAAGACAAAAGCUGUGACCAUCGAGUACUAAGGGAGCUCCCAGUAGGGGGCAGUACAUGAAGCAGAUGGUGUGUUAGGAUGCAGACAUAAUGACUACA